UUCAGAGACCAAACGAAGACGUUAAGAAAUGGCUUACACUGCUUUCCCCGAAAACAAGUUACAUUACUAUGGUGAACUGCCUGACACAAGCGGUAAUUCAAACAGAUACGAGCUUUCCAAAAGCAAUGUUCCCGAUACAGCUAAGGAAAUUCUCGUUUAUCUCUGGGCCACAACAAAGGGUGAUGAGGCAUUUCAUCGUUAUUACUAUCGCAUCCAGACUACCGAUGGCAUACAGUUGUACAACCAAUACAUGAAUGUUGCUGCUUCCAAAGAUGUUUCUCUCAACUCCGCCAAUUUGUGGCUGCCUGUUUUUAAAGGCCACGGUAGGUGAUUGACCUUUUCAUGUCUAGCUACGCCAUCUUGAAGCAUGAUGCAUGAUGGUAUGGCCAGGGGAAAUAACCAAAUUAAAAAGUUUUUUGUGUUGUGUAAAGAUACCCGUGAACUUAACUGUGCUAUUGCUGUCAUCAACAAUCACAAAAAUAUAUAGAUCAGUUUCACAAGCGAUACGAUGGAUGCAUUUUUCACGUGCAGUCCUGGAAUUACAAUUCCCAUCUUUUUUCAGGCUCUCUUUUAAUGCAAUAGACUGGAGGCAACUUGUCCCUGGAAUCCCUUCCUAACCUGAAUACUGAGACUCCAGUGAUCUAUGUUGCCCCCAUUUAAGAUGCUUUCUGUCUAAAAGAUAAGCAAAAAGGCAAAAGGAAUGAAUAAGGGAUAUAGCCAUAUUUACAUUGUAUCUGAUAGCUUGCGUAGCGACGCAAAAACCAUAUAGCGGCGUUACGCUCUUCCAAAUGAUGCGUAUUUUUGCUGGAUUGGUUUUUGCAACGCUGCCAUUGCAAUGUAAGCACCAAUCGUUGCCUUAUUUUUGGGUUCAAUUCGUGAUUUAAGAUGGCUUCGAUCCAGCAAACAAAAAUCUGCAAUUAUAACGUUAUUUAUGGGUAUAGCUUCCUCACUCCUUCAAAUGACGUCGGCAAUAUUUUUGUUUUUGGUAAAUAUACAAGUGAAAAUUAAGACGAAGGGAUAGAAGGGGGGGGGCGGAAGGUGCCUACACUUGGCGGGUAACAUUCCUCCCUCCAGCAUUUUCGCGCACCCUGUAAAACUCCAAAAAGCACUUUUGAGAGGCAGACUUCGCAUCCGAGAUAAAAUAUUAUUAUUAUGUAUUUUUCAGUUCGCUCCCCAUUGGGGCUUUCAGUGACAGACUACAUCAAGUAUUACGCUACUUGCAUUACCUACUUAGCCUACACGGCAAAAAACGCUCAGGUUGAUGCAAUACUGAUGAAAACAGGAUUGAACAAUGUUUUGCUGCCCACAUUGUUCAUAGCUGUCAACAACAUUGGACAAUAUUGUUACACCCGAUUCAUGCUCGACAGCAUUGUUCAAUACUGUUGACAAGUGUGAACAACGUGGGCAGCAAAACAUUGUUCAGUCCUGUUGAGCAACGGUCUCGGCGUUUUUUGCCGUGUAGACUGUUUUUACAACAAUUGUGAUAUUACUUUCCUAAGUAUGAUUAUCCUUACCCGCCCUGUCUUAUUUCCCUGGGGGAGGAAACCGGAGCACCCGGAGAAAACCCACGACUCUCGGCGGAGCGUUGACUGACUCUGUUCACAUGAGUCCACCCCUGAAAAAUAUCUCCUGAAAAGCGAAAAAAAAUGUCCUUGAAAGGUCUGGAUUUCUAUAAUUAUGAAAGUGUACGAACCUUGGAGCUAUUGUUAAAUUUCACUUAGUUCUUUCUUCUUUAGGGGAAGUUGUUGUAACUUUGGAGGACGCUGAGGAUUCUACUAAAAAGGGCAAAUGUAUUAUUCCUAAAUGCGAAGAAGAAAUUAAAUACAGUUCAAUCUUUAUCUUGGGUUUCCGCUGAUAUAAAACUUUCAAACGCUUUUCUAUUCUUAAAAUCUAAUUUCUGUACUGAUGAUUUUCAAUAUGUACGAUGUAGUGCAGUAGUUAAAUAAAAUAAUGUGUUUAAUAACCUUGCA